CUCAGCCUUGGACCAGAUAAAAUGAUAAUAGACCUCACAGAUCCAAAUCGUCCCCGGUUCACAUUACAGGAGCUGCGAGAUGUAUUGCAAGAGCGUAACCAGCUGAAAGCUCAGCUUCUUGUGGUGCAAGAGGAGCUACAGUGCUAUAAGAGUGGGAUCAUCUCACAGAGAAGGGACCAAACUGAAGAACUGGGAAAAGAAGCCAGUGACAGCAACCCUGGCACCAGCAAGGACAGCGAAGAAAAGACAAUCAUCAAACGGCUGUUCUCUUUUAAACAUGGAAAAUGA